GGCGCAGGGCGGCGCGGUCAGGCGGCCCCGAGCGCUCUCGCUGCCCCCGUCGGUGGGUGAGGUCUCACCUUUUAGAGAGGUCCAUGAGGACCCCGGAAAAAAGCUUCUCUCCCAGCCGGAACGAGACCACCAGGGCGUCCUCGAUGAUGUGAUCCAGGGUGACCCGCACCUCGGAGCCAGGCAGCAGCGGAGCCUCCGCCUCUCCUCCGGCCGGAGCCACGGGCACCGGGGACUUGGGCUCGACAGCGGCGGCAUCAGCAGCAUCCGGCUCCUCCUCCUCCGGCCGGGACGGCUCCUCCCCGGGCUCCGGCUCCGCGGAGCCCCCAGUAGCCGGCGGGCAGGGCUGCGACUCCUCCUCGGGAAGUUCGGGGUGCCCAGCAGGCGGCGGGCAGGGCUGCGGCUCCUCCUCGGACUCCGGGCUCGGAGCUCCCCGGUGCUCGGCCUGGGGCGAGUCCACCUCCGGGGUGGAGGGCGGCAGCUUCUCCGUCCUCUCAGCUUCCGGCUCCUGAGUCCCGGCCGGGCUCCGGGCUCGCUGCACAGGCGGCGGUUCCUCGGCCUCGCCGGGAGCAACCUUCCCCCCGUCGGCCUCCUCCCCAUCAGGCACCACCGACUCCACGGCCUCAGUGACGGCAGGGAGAGGGUCCGCGCCGGCCUCACUGCCCGGGAUAGGCUCCAUCUCGGGCUCGGCUUCGCCGGCCCCCCCAUCGCCCGGCACCGCUGCAGUUGCUGCCGCCUCCGCAGCCAUAGCCGCCAUUUUCUCUGCUGCUUCACCGCCGCCUCCCUCCAGCAGCGGGAUCGAUAACCACGGCCUUCCCCGCCCGCCUGGGAGGGAGAGCCCGCCCCCUAAACUCGCAUCCGGCAGCCUAUUGGCGGGCGUGGUGUGAUUCUCUACUUCUAUUGGAGAGUGGAGCAGUCCGUCAAGCCUAGCGCGAACUUCUCGUUGGCCAGCGGGGGCUUCAUUCAAUGGAGAGUCGGGAAGAGGAAGGAGGGGUGUGGCUUGGUGCUUUACAGGCCGUUACAGAUUAGAGAGGUUGGGCCUCUGAGGCUGCGCCGCCGCCUCAUUGGCGGAACGAGGAGACGCUCCCGCGGGAGGCUGUGACUUUUAUUGGCAGACUUCAAGGGUGCUACUAACCAUGUGCAAACAGCUACACCCUGGGUUGUCAGCCAUGCUUGCAGCUUUGUCAGUCUGUCUCACAGAGAAACAGCAGAUGGAUUCAGCGUAUGAUCCGUGGCUUAAAAGAAACCAGAGUUGCUGCUAUUCUGCUCUACCAGCCACAUCACCAGGGCAACAUGGCAUUUACAGGCAAAUACGAGUUUGAAGGCGAUGAGAACUAUGAUGACUUUGUGAGGAAGAUUGGUCUCCCCAGUGACAAGAUUGAAAUGGGAAGGAAUUGCAAAAUAGUCACUGAAGUGGUGCAGAAUGGAGAUGACUUCACCUGGACACAGCAUUUCCCAGGAGGCCACACCGCGACCAACAAAUUCACAAUUGGCAAGGAAGCAGACAUGGAGACAAUGGGUGGUAGAAAGUUCAAGGCAACUAUAAAAAUGGAAGAUGGGAAAUUAAUAGCUGAAUUUCCCAACUAUCGUCAUACUUCAGAGAUUUCUGGAGGAAAGCUUGUGGAGGUUGCUACUGCUGCUGGUGUAGUCUACAAAAGGAUCAGCAAAAAGAUUGCUUAAGGCAGUGAAGCCAGUCUCUUCCAGUGCACUGGAAAACAUUCAACAAUACAAAUAAAUAGAGCACGGAUUGUCAUUCCCUCUCUUUUUCUUUAUAUUUACAAACAUGAAGAAUUGGUUUUCAGAUUAAUGUUAUCCUCAACAUAAAUCUUACCCCAUUCCUAAAGAUCUGACAAAUACUCAGCAAAUCAGAAUGCAAAAAUCAGAAGAUGCAACUAAGCACUUGGUGAAGUUGUCCAGUCUUAGUAUUUCAGGGUAUGAUACGUACUUGUCAUUUUCAAGUGUUGUCUUCCACCUACUUAAUAGAAGCUCUAUUCAGCUUCUGUCUAGACAAUAGGACAGUACUCUGCCCAAAGUGUACAUGAAAUUGCAAGACCUGAUGAAUGUCUUUUGCUCUAUUGCUGGUUGGAGGGCAGAAAUUUAGGAGCUUGAAAGCAAGAGAAAGUCAGCUUAUCGCUCAUUAAAAGAUACGCUUGCAUACUGCUAUCAUGGUUUUCUCAUUGCCAUCAGUAUCCUCUCUUGACCCAAAUUCCUAGAAGAUAUUUAAGGUUAUACAGACAGGCGGCUAUGAAAAAAAUGUGGAGUCUUAUUUUCUCAAUUCAAUCCUGUUGUUUACAUGAAGUGCAUGUGAAAAUCUCUUUUCUUGGCACAGCAGGAAUUAAAUAUAAAAGUUUUUGGAUUCACUGUUCCAAAUUGCUUCUGGCCAAUACCAGGUCCACAAAGAUUUUCCCUUUUCAUACUCCUUUCUCCAGCUUGUAUUGCCUUCUGGAUCUACCUAGCUGUUUGCCCUCUCAAGCUAAUCAGUCAGGGCAUAUGUCUUGUGUACACAAAAUUCAUUUUCUGAUUGGGUACACAACCGCUAAUGCCAAUCAUUUUGAUAUGUUGUAUUAAAAAAGGCUUUUAAUUCCUUUUUAUCUUUUUUCCUCAAUAGAGAUUUUCCAGCUGCAACAAGGCUUCAUCCCAACUCUAUCAGUUUACCCAAAACAGGCUACACAUGUCUUAUGACCAGGUGUUGCUCAAUGUAUUACUUACUCUCCAAGGCAAAGCAUAAUGCUGAACUCUAAUAAAACACAAGUCAAAUCUGAA